AUGGAACGUCGGGAGGUGUACACAACACAACAACCUGAUGGCACCUAUGUUACCACUACUACAAGAGAACAAACGAAAUACAAGGAGCAAAGUGUUUGGUCGUGUGGACACGGUCCGACUGACAAGAACUACUGUAUGGGACCGUUGGGUCUGUUGAGGAUUGCGCAGAUUUUUCUCUGCGUGGUGAUCGUGUGUCUAAUCACCUCAGUCUUCGGUCCAGGCCCAUUCAAAGGAGUCCUCUUCGGCCAGACGAUCCUUCUGACAGCUGCCAGCGUGGCAAUGCUUCUCACCUUCAUCUUCCUCAUCGCCUACUUCUUCACUCUCCAUUUGAAUCAUCUCGAUUUCUUCUGUUGGCGAGAGGCUGAUCUCACUUUCAAUCUAGUUUGUGCAUGUAUGUUCGUCGUUUUGUCAAUUGUCGAGGCGUACUACUCAACUGGAAGUUGGUCGAAUAAUUGUAACGAUAUUGGAUCCGAUGGUAUCAUUCAUAAUGGUUGUAGAAUCAUUUAUGAGUGGGCUUUCGCAUCGUUCCUCACGUUCGCCCUUGCCAUUCUCUACGCUCUCUCCGCCUGGCUCUCCCAUCAAAACCGUCACACCCUUCACGUCAGAUCCCAACAAGAUCUCUAUUAG